GUUACGGAACAAGUUCUCUCCUUCGUCUACAAAGCUCUUGCUGAUCACCACGUCUAUCUUGAAGGUACUCUACUGAAGCCCAACAUGGUCACACCAGGACAAAGCUGCCCCAAGAAGGCUACUCCUGAAGAAGUAGGCUUGGCUACUGUAACCGCUCUGCGCCGUACAGUUCCAGCUGCUGUUCCCGGAAUCACAUUCCUUUCUGGAGGCCAGUCUGAACUUGAUGCGACCGCCAAUCUCAAUGCCAUCAACAAUGCAAAACUGCUGAAACCAUGGAAGCUCACCUUCUCAUACGGACGUGCUCUGCAAGCUUCCGUCUUGAAGGCAUGGCAAGGAAAGGACGAAAACAUCGAAGCUGCUCAGAAAGUGUUCCUUCACAGAGCUAAGGUGAGAAAGUGUUCUGUUGUAAGUGAAAAUUUGAAAAUGCUAAUGUAA